GCAGCUGCAGAGCGCAUGAGAGCCCUGAGGAGACUCGAUGCCAAGGAGCACAGAGGAAAGACUCCCCUGCUGGUGGCUGUCACUGCCAGGCAGGCAGCAAUUGUCCACGACCUGAUCCAGGCAGGAGCAGAUGUCAACGCUGUGGACAACAAAGGGCAGACAGCUUUACACCUUGCUGCAACAUAUGGCUACGCCCAGGUCCUCCAGGUUAUCCUGUCACUGGGUUUCCCUCUGGAUUUGGAAAUGAAGGAUUUUGAAGGCCAUACCCCUCUCCACUGCGCUGUCCUGGCCCACAACAGCCUGCUGAGGGAUCAGGGCAGUCAAGCACUGACAGAGGAGCAGCACAGGGAGCUCCAGCAGCAGAGCAGGGAGCUGGAAUCCUGCAUCCACCUCCUGGUGCAGACCGGAGCCUCCAUCUACAGCCGGGAUGUGAAAAGCAACAAGACAGUUCUUCAUUACGCAGUCCAGGAUGGGAACAUCUCCCUGCUCAGGUACUUCCUGGAGCUGAACGCUUUCAAGUCCGAGGAUUUUGUCAACAACAAGGCCCAUGGCAACACAGCCCUGCACAUGGCAGCUGCUUUGCCUGGUGACAAGAACCAGAAGGAAAUCAUCCAGCUGCUCCUGGAGCACGGGGCAGACCCGAGCAUCCGGAAUUUGGACAACGAUCAGCCAAUCCACAUGGCCCCUCCUGGAAAAGCUGGGGAUCAGGUCAGGCAUUUGCUGAAGAAAGGGAAAGUCACACCUGUGCUCAACUCCUGCCGCAGAAAUGCCAGAUCCUGAGUUAACUGCAAUUUAUGGAAUGGCUUCAACCUUGGCUUCUGCCUCCUCUAAAAACUGUGAGGGUGGUUCUGCAGCUCAUUCCUGCUCCUCCAGGCUUAAACCAGGGUGGGGUGAGAGUGUUUCUCCACCUGUGGCCACCUGCAGCACGUCAGACAGCAGAAGAUGAGCUUUCAAAUGGUCAAAAGCUCAAUUUGGGUAACAGAGAAUGCGAAUAAACCUCCAGCAAGGAGGUGAGCAAACCAAAUGGCUGCUACAUAAAUAAGUAAAUAUCCCAAAUAAUUUGGAAGCACAGCCAAGCUUUGAUUGGGUAGAGGAGGUGACAGAGCACGGGGUGAGAGUUUGGCUGUAAAAGGUUGAGAAAUGCUGCUCUGAGACAGCCCCCGCACAGAGGGACUGCAGGAAAUGCUGCAGUGAUGUGCACUCACCAGCGACCCUGCUGCCCUGGGAAUGCAGGAUCCGGAGGGGAGGGAAAGCCUGGAUGGAGAACUUGAGUCAGCCUGGAUUUCGGCCAAGGGAAUGGACGUCCAAAGCCAAGAGCCCCACGGGAGGUGCUGCACGCUGGAACGGCCCAUUCUGAGCGUUCCGGGAGCUCUGGAGCAGCUCCCCACGGCCAGGCCACGAAAAGAAGCAGGUGCUGUAAGAACAAGGACACGGGGCAGGUUUGUGUGGCUCCUGAGGGGAGAUUCCAGUCCAGUCCAAUCCAACCCAACCCAAUCCAACCCAAUGCUGUGCAACCCAGUGCAACCCAAUCCAGUCCAAUCCAAUCCAAUCCAAUCCAAUCCAAUCCAACCCAGUGCAGCCCAACCCAAUCCAACCCAAUCCAACCUAAUCCAAUCCAAUCCAAUCCAGUGCAGCCCAACCUAAUCCAAUCCAAUCCAAUCCAAUCCAAUCCAAUCCAAUCCA